AUGCAUGAUUAUCUGGAUUUACGGACGCUGAAGGUUGUUUUACUUCUUCUACGUCAAUCUAUAACAACGGUAAGAUAUGUUAUUUCUCAAAAAGAUGACAUAGAAUUUAGUAAAGAUUUAGCUGUAAAAAUCAAUGGUUAUAUUACUCAUGUUAAAAGUUAUAAUGGUUACAAUACUGUGUACAUAAUGAAAACCAACAUAAUUGCCUACUCCAGUAUCCGCAUUAAUACAUGCAGCUACAAUGGUUACAGCUGGAGUAUACUUAUUAAUUCGUUCAUCUCCUUUAAUUGA